UCUUUCGAGGAGACGAGUGAUAAGGGGAAGUUGAAUUUUGUUGCAGAUAUAGAUGGCGACGAUCGCAGAUAUAGGGGUUUCAGCAGCUCUUAAUAUUCUUAGUGCCUUCAUUUUCUUAAUAGCAUUUGCAAUAUUGAGGAUUCAACCGUUCAAUGAUAGGGUGUACUUUCCGAAAUGGUAUCUUAAAGGGUUAAGAGAAAGUCCAACGCAUGGGGGGGCACUUGUGCGGAAGUUUGUGAAUUUGGAUUUUAGAUCAUAUAUAAGGUUCUUGAAUUGGAUGCCGGUUGCAUUGAAGAUGCCGGAACCUGAGCUUAUUGAGCAUGCUGGAUUGGAUUCAGCUGUGUAUUUGCGGAUUUACUUGUUAGGACUUAAGAUUUUUGUUCCUAUAGCAUUGGUUGCUUGGACUGUUUUGGUGCCAGUUAAUUUUACAAAUAGCACAUUGGACGUAGCAGCCAAACUAUCAAAUGUGACUUCAAGCAAUAUCGAUAAGCUUUCAAUAUCAAAUAUCCCACUAGAAUCACAGAGGUUUUGGGCUCAUAUUGUGAUGGCUUAUGCCUUUACCUUUUGGACAUGCUAUGUGUUGAUGAAGGAGUAUGAAAAAGUUGCUGCUAUGCGGUUGGAGUUUGUUGCAGCAGAAAAACGUCGACCGGAUCAAUUUACAGUCCUUGUUAGGAAUGUUCCCCCAGACCCAGAUGAAUCUGUUAGUGAGCUUGUGGAGCAUUUCUUUUUGGUGAAUCACCCAGAUCACUACCUAACACAUCAGGUGGUAAUCAACGCGAACAAACUUGCCAAAUUGGUGAAGAAGAAGAAAAAGAUGCAGAAUUGGCUUGAAUACUACCAAAAUAAAUAUGAAAGAAAUAAUUCGAAGAGGCCGGUUAUGAAGACUGGUUUUCUUCGACUUUGUGGAGCAAAAGUGGACGCAAUUGAUCAUCACAUAUCUGAAAUUGAAAAAUUGUCAACAGAAAUAGCAGAAGAGAGAAAAAGGGUUGUUAAUGAUCCCAAGUCUAUAAUGCCAGCAGCAUUUGUUUCCUUUAAAACUAGAUGGGGUGCAGCUGUGUGUGCACAAACUCAACAAACCAGAGAUCCAACUAUGUGGUUGACAGAGUGGGCCCCAGAGCCACGUGAUGUCUUUUGGAAAAAUCUGGCAAUUCCAUAUGUUUCACUCAGUGUUAGAAGGCUGAUUAUUGGUGUUGCAUUCUUUUUCCUCACCUUCUUUUUCAUGAUACCCAUUGCAUUUGUACAAUCUCUUGCAAGCAUUGAGGGAAUUGAAAAAGCAGCACCAUUUCUGAAACCCAUAGUUGAAACCAACUUUAUUAAAUCAGUCAUUCAAGGUUUUCUUCCUGGUAUUGUAUUGAAGCUUUUUCUCAUCUUCCUGCCGACGAUAUUGAUGAUUAUGUCUAAGUUUGAAGGAUUUGUAUCUCUAUCAUCUCUAGAAAGAAGAUCAGCUUCUAGAUAUUAUCUUUUCAAUUUUGUGAACGUCUUCCUUGGGAGCAUAAUAACUGGAUCUGCAUUUGAGCAGCUAAAUUCUUUUAUGAAGCAGUCAGCAAAUGAUAUUCCCAAGACAAUUGGAGUAGCUAUACCAAUGAAAGCAACUUUCUUCAUAACUUAUAUAAUGGUCGAUGGAUGGGCUGGUAUAGCUGCAGAGAUUUUAAUGGUGAAACCACUGAUUAUCUACCACUUGAAGAAUUUCUUCUUGGUGAAGACUGAAAAGGACAGGGAGGCGGCAAUGGAUCCAGGAAGUAUUGGUUUCAACACUGGAGAACCUCGUAUACAGUUUUAUUUUCUGCUAGGCCUUGUCUAUGCGACAGUGACUCCUUUUUUGCUCCCUUUCAUAAUUGUUUUCUUUGCACUGGCCUAUGUUGUUUUCCGUCAUCAGGUCAUAAAUGUUUACAACCAAGAGUACGAGAGCGGUGCAGCAUUCUGGCCUGAUGUCCACAAAAGAGUCAUUGCGGCAUUGGUUAUAUCACAGUUGCUUCUUAUGGGGAGGGGUUUAUGGUUUUAUCAGUGCGUGGUGGAAGCUGCGUUGUUGCUUUGUGCUUGUUGUAUCCUGGAGGAUAAGUUCAAGUUCUUGAAUUGGAUGCCGGUUGCAUUGAAGAUGCCGGAACCUGAGCUUAUUGAGCAUGCUGGAUUGGAUUCAGGUGUAUUUGCGGAUUUACUUGUUUGGGCUCAUAUUGUGAUGGCUUAUGCUUUACCUUUUGGACAUGCUAUGUGUGAUGAAGGAUUUGAAGAUGUUCUGAGUCAGCCUGAUCCAAGAGAAGAUCUUGAGAAACUAGUCGACCCGAGGCUUGGUGAUAAUUACCCUUUUGAUUCUGUCCUCAAGAUGGCUGAGCUUGACAGGGCUUGUACAAAAGAAGAUCCUCAAGUGAGGCCAAGCAUGAGGGAAAUUGUGGUUGCUAUUACAACACUUUCAUCUGAAACAAAGGAAUGGAAUUAUUAUGGUUUAUCAGUGCGUGGUGGAAAGCCCUGCGUUGUUGCUUGUGCUUGGUGUAUCCUGGAGGAUAAGUCAAGGGAAGUUGAUUUUGUUGGAGAUAUAGAUGGCGACGAUCGCAAUAUAGGGGUUUCAGCAGCUCUUAAUAUUCUUGUGCCUUCAUUUUCUUAUAGCAUUUGCAAUAUUGAGGAUUCACCGUUCAAUGAUUGGUUACUUUCCGAAUGGUAUCUUAAAGGGUUAAGAGAAAGUCCAACGCAUGGGGGGGCACUUGUGCGGGAAGUUGUGAAUUUGGAUUUUAGAUCAUAUAUAAGGUUCUUGAAUUGGAUGCCGGUUGCAUUGAAGAUGCCGGAACCUGAGCUUAUUGAGCAUGCUGGAUUGGAUUCGCUGUGUUUGGGCUCUUAUUGUGAUGGCUUAUGCCUUUACCUUUUGGACAUGCUAUGUGUUGAGAGGAGUAUGAAAAGUUGCUGCUAUGCGGUGGAGUUUGUUGCAGCAGAAAAACGUCGACCGGAUCAAUUACAGUACGAUCUGUCUUCCUCAAUAAAUUAG